AUGGUGAAGGAGACGGUCCGGGUGUACGCGCGGGUGAAGCCGCUGGGCAGGCGGCAGCAGGCGGGGAUUUAUUCAGUUGAUGAUGAUGAGAAACCUCUGUCCAGUCUGGAGAUCACUGUGCCACGUGAUUUAGCAGAUGGGUUCAUCAAUAAUAAACGGGAGAGCUACAGGUUCAAAUUUCAGAAAAUUUUUGAUCAAGAAGCAAAACAAGAUGUGGUUUUUGACAGCAUUGCCAGACCAGUAGCAGAAUGUGUUUUGGCAGGAUAUAAUGGCACUAUCUUUGCAUAUGGUCAGACAGGCAGUGGCAAAACUUUUACCAUCACAGGAGGAGCAGAACGUUACAGUGAUAGAGGCAUUAUUCCCAGGACUCUAUCUUAUAUUUUUGAUCAACUUCAGAAGGACAGCAGUAAAGUGUAUACAACUCAUGUUUCCUACUUAGAAAUCUACAAUGAAUGUGGUUACGAUCUCCUGGACCCAAGACAUGAGGCCUCCAGAUUGGAAGAUUUGCCAAAAGUGACAAUAAUGGAAGACUCUGAUCAGAACAUUCAUCUGAAAAACUUGUCUCUUCAGCAAGCAACCAAUGAAGAGGAAGCCUUAAACCUGCUCUUCUUGGGAGACACCAAUAGAAUGAUCGCUGAGACACCAAUGAAUCAAGCUUCAACCCGAUCUCACUGCAUUUUCACUAUUCACAUCUCCAGCAAGGAACCUGGAUCUGCAACUAUCCGACGCUCCAAGUUACACUUAGUAGACCUUGCUGGAUCAGAGCGUGUUGCAAAGACUGGAGUUGGAGGUCACUUAUUGACAGAAGCCAAAUAUAUCAACCUAUCGCUACAUUAUUUGGAACAGGUGAUAAUUGCCCUUGCAGAGAAAAACCGGUCCCACAUUCCUUACCGAAACUCUAUGAUGACCUCAGUGCUAAGAGACAGCCUGGGAGGAAACUGCAUGACUACCAUGAUAGCAACGCUCUCUAUAGACAAAAGAAACAUAGAUGAAUCUAUAUCAACCUGCAGAUUUGCACAACGAGUUGCUCUUAUUAAGAAUGAAGCAGUUCUUAAUGAAGAAAUUGACCCCAGAUUGAUGAUUGUCCAGCUGCAAAAGGAGAUCCAGGAGUUGAAGGAUGAGCUGGCGCUGGUGACUGGCAAGCAAAGAACGUCAGAGCUUUCACAAGAAGAGCUACUUCAGUUGGAUGAGUUAAUUGAAACAUUUCUCAAAGAUAACGAUCCUGAUAGCCCUCUGGAUGUUGGUGCUGACAUGCGCAAGAUCAAGUAUUGCUUCAUUCAUAUGAAGGAACUAAUGAAUCAUUCAAAGAUUUCUGAUAAAAAACUGCAAUCACAACACAUCUCUGAAGAAAAAGACACUAACAAAGAAGCAGGAGAAGAAGAAUUGAAAAAACUGAAAGAAUUAUUGUGGCAAAGAGACAAUGAAAUCAAUAUUCUGGUAAAUAUGCUAAAAAAGGAAAAAAAGAAAGCACAAGAUGCUCUUUUCCAGCUUAAGGCUGCCUCUGCUGGUUCUAUAGAAAGAGACUGCUCCGAGACUGUAAACUUGGAAGAAAGUCAGAGCCCAUCAAGCUGUUUUAUUCUGAAAGAGGCAAAAGAUUUCAACUCUUCACUUCACAGACUACCUUUCCUUUCCAGAGAAACAGGAGGAAGGAUGUCACUUGGAUGUCAGGAAGCUUUUGAAGUUUUCAAGCAGGAGCAUGCUGACAGUAUAACUAUUGAGGACAACAAACAGCUUUUAAAACAGAGAUUUGCUGAAGCUAAAUACCUUGGAGAAAAGUUAAAUGAAGUGAGAAAUAAAAUAAACCAUCUGAAAGGAGAAAUAACCCAGAGGCACAUUCAGAGGGCGGCUCUAGCUGUUUCCAGUCCUUCUGAAGAGCUAAAUAUGCUUGAUCCAGUAGAAGAGAAACUUCGAAAGCAAAUUGAAGAAGAAAAAAAAAGUUAUAAAACAAUGUUCAAUCGCUUGAGAGGGCUGAAGGUAGAGAUUGAGCACCUGCAGCUUCUUAUGGAAAAAGUCAAAAUGAAGCUGCGAAAAGACUUUGAAGUCUGGUGGUCUGAAGAGGCAAUAAAUCUACAGCAGGAAAAGCCAGAGAUGGUUAUCUCACCAAAUACCACAACUGUUUAUCCCCAGUUUAUCAAAUCCUCACAACAUCUAUCAACUAACAGUUUUUCAGAGACCACAAGAAUCAGCCCUGAUGAAGAUCCAGCUGGGAAAAACAAUUCAACCAGUUCUAGUAAUCCUACUUUAAAAACAAGGACCCCACCAAGUUCAAGUACAUCUGUUCCUCUGACUGGAGACAGCCAGGCUGAUGCUGACAUCCUAGCUUUCAUUAAAGCAAGACAGAACAUCCUGCAAAAGAAAGGCUUGGGGAACAAAUAACAUUCCUGUUGAAGUCCACUAUUUCCUUUUAGAAAUAAAGACCUUUAUUCUUUGCUCUCCUCUUCUGUUCAGAAACAGGUACAAAUAACUACCUUAGAUGUACAGAUUUAAUUGUUACAGAUACAGAAGUUAUUUGUCUUUGACAACAAAAUCAGUUUCUCCAGGGAAUGAUAUUUCAAUAUUUGCACUUGGUAUCUUCAGCUCGCAUUAAGAUUAAACAAAACUAAAAUAACUAAUCAGGAGUUUGCCAAAUAUGUUUGUUUAUUGUGAAUACAUUGUAUGUUUUCUAAAAGUUAAAAUUAUCUAAUGUAUUAAUGCUCUUCUACAUCUUUAAUCCAGGGAACACUUAUUACUACUGAUGGUAAUUUUAUUUGCAUGGAUUUGCAUCAGGCUUUAUUAAUUACAUCUAGCUGGCAUCCAGAGAUGUCUGUGCAAAAAUAGUUAUUUGAGUUACAAAAGUCUAUAAAGUUACAUUUGAGACCUUUUGCUGAUUUUUAAUUUUUUCACCAAGAAGUAGUAGGUUUUGUAUCAGAUUAUUAGAAUAAUGAGAUUUAAUUGUAAUAUGAAAAUAAUUUUUUAGUAGAAAGUAAUUAAGUCUAAAUUUCCCAACUGUUUUUUUUCAUUUGAAUACAUUAAAUGUUGUACAAAAUAUGCAACCACCCGGAAUAUACAAAUUUCAGAAGAAACAAUGACACUUGAUAGGUGUAAAGUAAAACAGGACAAAUAGUUGUAAAAUACAAAUAAGAUGUGAAAAUUUAAAUGCAGUUUUAUAUUAUAUACAACAUAAGUUCACUAUUGACUCAGUACUAAUUUAUAGUAUAAUAUCCAGUUAUGCAAUGACUUUUUUGGACUAAAACAAAUCAGAAAAUGCAAUGUAAAAUACAGUCUAUUUCUCUGAGAUAUACAGACUUCCAGGUUGAAGACAUCAUUUUUCAUGCUAGUGAUAAGCUUAUAGUAAUGCAUUUAAAAAGGUUUGGGUUGUUUGCAUAAAAGAAAAGCAAUAUAUCGGCAGAAAUCACACUUCAUUGUCAAGAAUGUGUAUUUCCUUAAGCUGCUGAUACUUAAUUCUGUGGCAAAUUCAUAAUUAUUCCAAAGUACUUGGAGAAUUGGUAUGUUCAAACCUACAGAAGGUAUUUAUUUAACAAAUUAACAACUAAGAUGCAAUCAAGAAGUAUUAGUUAUACCUUUUUCUACAUUUUAAUUUUCUGUAAAAGUUAGCACAGCUACCACAUAAAUUGGUAAGCUUUAUGCAGAAUUUAGGAUGUACAGGGUGAGAUAUAAGUCAGAUUUACUGUUGCUUUGGGAAGAGAGAGUUCAAGGAUUUGAUCAGAGAUGGGAAAAUCCACAGGUCUUCCCCCUUUUGUAUGUCUGCUUUGUUGGAGAUUAUAUUAAAAUGUCCUUCUUCUGCUAGAAUCUUUUUCUGUCUGUAUUUAUUUUUCUUCUUCUUA